GGAGAAACGAAGAACGUGCAGUGUCGUUUAGAAGUCGUAAAGAAAGCGGGUAUAAAAAAUAGUAAUGAAAGGUCAGCCUCGCACGACUACGCACACGAAGUUACUCAAGCUUCUGAGCAGUGUGUGGUUCUGCGAUGGCACUGAAAGGUAGAAAAAGUGUUUGUAGAAGCUACGAUACUGAAAGUAGUUAAAGAAAUAGCAUAAGUGAAAGAUGGAUGAGAAAGAGGUAUCUGAAGCUGAAGUAAAGAAGACUCCUCGUCUCCGAAGACGCAAGAAGGAGAGGAGAAGGAUUUGGAAGGGCUUCCGAAUGCAGCUUGCACCACUGAGAAUAAACUGGCGCAGGAUAUUAAAGAUUCGUGGGAGUAGAAGCGAGCUAUUUGAAGGUUGUGCAUCCCCCUACAUCAACAAGAAACUGCAAUUCAAGAGGGAUGGUCUUGCUCUUCCUGCGCCCAACGUCUUGUCAGUGAGGAAGAAGAGGAGGCUGAUGCGUCGUCGCAGACUCGUUUUUGAUUCAGAAAGCGAUAGGUCGGAGAUCGCAGAUAUGGCAACGCACAAACGGUACGCGAUCUCCAUCAACGACUACAAGGCGUGGCUCGACGAGGCACACUUACAAGGCGCAGAACAUGGCUGGGCUGCAUGGAAAGCAUCAGGAUAUGAUGAAAUUAUGUCGUUGCACGACUUUAGACGCGGCAAAGGCGUAUGGCGUCGCGAGACGAUUACUGGCAAAACACGUCUGUCGUGGCCGGACUGGCACAAGAAAUAUCGAUCAGACUUCCCCGAUGUUGCGGCUUGUCGGCGUAGUGCAUACCUUGCGAAACUGACAAGAAAUCACAGGCUGUUACAACGGGCGAAGUUAGUGGUGCCAGGAAUUCACGAUCUGGUGGGCGUGGAUCUUGGCGAAGCGCUAGCAGUUUACGUCUCGACAUACGAGGCAAACACUUGGGUACGUCUUAUGGGACAGCCGGCACCGACAGAAAUUGCACCUCCGAAGAAGGACAUGAUACCCGAAAAAACGAACAAAAAAAAAGCAUUUAAGACCGCCCAUGAAAAUGCUAAAAAGAACAAAAAAAAAAAAAUGACUUCACAUAGAUGACCGUUACGUGAUAUGUGUGA